GGGAUGAAUUCCUUUCUUGAUUAAAACGAGACACGCACCAAAUAAGGGCUCCGGGUAGUGUACAAUCUGCGUUGAAGUUUGAGACAAACUGCUGUGCAUUGCGUUUCAAGACUGUUCAUUUGACACCAGUCUUACUGUGUUACCUGUUACGUUUCCGCAGGACUGACGUUUCCGCGUGGCGAUAGAGAAGAUCUAUCUGGCACAAGGGGAGUACAGUAUUGCGUUCGCGUGAUCUGCGUUUCUAAGUUCGUCGUGAUUACAUGUGGGCGACGUUUUCUCGCGGUUGGCUCAUUUUAUAAAAGGUAAGGACAAGUAACAAAUCUUUAUCAGACUUUUACUUUGAUGUCGCUAUUUGCAACACGCCAAUGCGGCUGAAAAAUGGUGCAAGACAUCUCAUCUUGCGUCAACCGCUACCGCCGCAUAAACGAAGCAUUGUGCCGACAUUCUUGCUUUGCGGCUUUCAAACGCCUUGGUUUUUGUACUUUUGUAUGCAGAGAAAUGACUGGGUCAAUCCAAGUCCUUUAAAUAUUCCGUACUUCAUCUUCUCGGUACACUCGCUUCAGCUCACAUUGAGCUGACCAAACAAGCAAUUUAAUUGCAUGCUAACUACUGAUUCUUGUACGUUUAUUUGCUGAAAUCAAACUGGUUUGAUUUAUGCGUGACCGAUUGCCCUUUCAAGGUUUAUAUUAUUUUCAAGAGAAAAGAGCAAACCCCCGGAAAGCGAAAUUGUGGAGGUAUAUAUUUCGGGCUGCUCCAGUUAAUUUUUGUUGUGUCCUAGUUCGGUAUUUAUUUAACUUGACCCGUCGCACAUGAUAAAGCGAAAUGUUUAUCAUGUUUAGAUGAUGACACUUUGAGCCGUCUGCGCGAGGGUGGUAAUUUUCAAACUGGUGACCGCCUGUGAUAUUCUUAAUCUUGGACAGAAUAAAGUGGAAGAGCAAAUCUCCCAUCCUUCCGAAAUCAAGGAUGAAGCCGCGCGAAGGCCAAAACGCACCAUUUUAUUUGGGGGAAGGGGGUUUAAUUUUUUUCAUAUACCGUAGUGUUCCGAAAAUAUAAGCCCCCCAAACUCGUAACGCAAAAAACCGUCCGGUAAAUCGCCCCUCCAAAUACAAGCCCCCGGGGGCUUGUACUCGGAAAUUGUCCUUAAAUUUAAAAUAAAACAAAGCAAAAACUGUACAGUACACAUAAAUUGUUGCAUUUGACAAAGAACUUUUACGCGUGCUAAAUGAUUGUAGUCAAAGUGUCACAGUAACCUUGCCGUUUGCGGAACACACUCUUCAGUCUUGGCUUGAAUUUCCUCACUCCAUAUAGACAAAGUACUUGCAUGGCUGAGGUUUAGAAAGAUCUACGUCCUCUAGGCGAGUUUCAGUAAAAACGUGCAACAAAUUACUGACAUAACUUUCCUUCCAACUAUAAGCUAGCCCCGAUUGAUUUUGAGACUCAUAUUUCCCUCCUAGUGUAAGCCUAGUAGCCGAUUUUAAAACGAAAAUUUCCGAUUAUAAGCACCUCCAAAAAUAGGCCCCUCAAAAAGGGCUUUGAAAAAUAUAAGCGCCGGGGCUUGUUUUCGAUGAAAAUUUGGAUUCGAUGAAAAUGCUCGCUGUAUUGCUUAUUGAUUAGGGAUGAAGUGCACAUUUUGGUCUCAUAUGGGGUGUUUUAAGGACGGAUAGCUUAUAUUUUUACAAAAAUUUUAAAAAUUCAUACUGCGUUGAGGGUAGCAUUCGAUGACAACAUUUUUUAGCGCAAGCUUCCCUAAGAAACGUUUGUUGGGGAGGGACGUUGCGUGACGAGACAAAAACGGCUGCGGAGCCUAUUCUUUAGGGGUCACAUAGGGCCUGAUUGUUCUCGUCGAGGAGUUUUGAUCUCUUAUGACGGGCUACAUCUUCCUCCCCUUCAUUUAGGAGGCCCCCUUCUUUCCCCCGCGAGGGAUGCAUUCCCGCAUCUGGCUUUUGGUAACGUAGAAAAGCAAUUUAAAGCCUAAAUAUGGUUAUUUACUGUGAUGGUACUGAUCGUUUUGGUUUGAAAUUUCUAAACGAUUAAAAAAUAAUACUGCGUCAGUUUCUUUACGGAGCUAUGACAGAAUGGAACCACACUGUCCAAUCCAGAUAUUAGCUGAGAGUUACUGAAAGAUUUUGUUCUUAUCUUGGCAACGGUCUUUAUGCUGGUUUAUUUGAGCUGUUUACAUUCUUACGUACCGUCAACUAUUUACGCACUAGCUAACUUACUUAUUUCUUCUUGAUACCAAAGUAUUCGUUUAGAGAUAGGAGUUGAUUAUGAGUUAACGACCGAAAAACAAAACUGAAGAUAAAAAUAAGCCGGUGGGCAGACUAUCGCGUAGCGAAACAGAAAGUACUAAGCGAUUCUAAAAAAGUAUUUAAACACUUAACAUUUUAAAUAUGGCAACUAGGAAUUUGAAAUAGACCAGGAAUUUAAGACUUCUAUUAAUUUGAUUAUCUCUUAUCCCCUGCUUCCAGUCUACUCUUUCCUUAGUUCAUGAAAAAAAAAUCCCUGCACAUUCCCAUGAUGAUCACCAAACAACUCUCUCACUAGGCCUGCUUUACAACCGAUAAAUAGGCCAGUUUCAAAUUAUCAAAAUUCAUUAUUACUUGGCUCCAAGGCUGAGGAGAGUAAAGCAAAGCAAAUUAAUUAAUUAUCUCUGAAUCUUAACGUCAUUCUUUUGAAGCCAAGGAUGAAUUUUUAUAGAGUCGAACUUCACGUUAGCGACCACACAAAUUCGUAGACUUUAGUGGUUGCUUAUACGGGAGGUGGUCGAUUAUCAGAAUCGAACCACAGGGGGUCUCUUCCGACAAGAUUGUCUCGUCAUGUCUACUUUUUGAAAGAUGAUAUUUUGUAUGCAAUUCCUAAGUCACAAUAUGUGUAGUUGCAUGUUGUCAGUGAAAGGUCUUUGUAUCGUUACAAGUGUACAAGUGACGUACGAGUGAAGUAGCACAUACAUCGAACUCAGAGAUCAGAUCAGGCGUCAAGUGGUCGCUUACAAGAGCUUAAAAACUGUGAGGGGUGGCGAAUGGUAAAAUCGAACUCAGACGCCGAGAUCCUAGAUCAGGCGUCAGACUCAAAAAAGUAAAAGCAAACCAUGAAAAAACGAGACUUCGAGACUUAUCAAAAACGCUUCCGAGAUUUCGAGAUCCUGUCAAAAUAUUCCGAGAACCCACGUUUUUCGAGGUACCAUUCGCCACCCCUAACUGUGGAAAACUAUAAAAUUGUUAGCACAAAAAGUGGUCACGGUCGCUUACGAAAAGUGAUCGUUUACGAGAAAUAAAGAUUAAAGGACUUUGACUGGGAAAACUUUGGUGUUUUGGAUUGGUAUGUCGUCGCUUACGAGGAGAUAGUCGCACAUGGAGGUCCAUCCACUGCUCAUUGUCACCGGUUUUACUUCCGAAUGAAUCCUCCCUAUACCGGCGUAAGGGACGGACCAUUAGAAAAGUUAUGGAGGGAAGGGGAAUUUUCGAGCCGCAGAAAUUUUUUUCGUCAUCAAAUUCCUUGCAUGAAUUUUUUUUAGGCCAUAGCAUGAAUAUUUUUAGGAUUAAUUGGCGUGCAUGAAUUUUUUUUUCAUUUAAUUUUCCCUUGCGCGAAUAUUUUUUUUUGUACUUCCCCCGCCCCCUUCCCCCCAUAAGUUUUCUAAUGGUCCGUCCCUAAAGUACGCCAUUUUAUUUUAGUUUAUUUAUUUUUUGUUAAUAAUUUAUUUAUUAAACAUCAUUUUAUAUACAGGGCGGCAAAUAAAAAGGAGGCGAAACAGUAAAAAAAUAAACAAACAAGCAAGCAAAAAAAAAUGCGAAACACGAAAGUUCAACAGAUUAACAACAACUAGCAGAACAAGUGGAAAAAAUAACAAUAUUGCGCUUUUGCUAAAUUACUAUAAAUCAACACUAAUCAGAAAUGCACAGGGUGGUCCACUUAUUUCUGUAUUUUUUAAGAUUUUUUUUGUAUUUGUUAAGAAUGCAUUUUAUGCUGUUUUGUGUCUUGGCUGUUCGCACUAUAAAGGAUCGAUGUCAGUGGUUGUCGAUCCAGCAUAGUGUGAAUAUUACCUCAGUAUUUAUUUACGCUGUUAUGUUUCAGAUUUGUCUGUAGUGAACGUCAGGUUACUAGAACUGAUGGUCAUCAUGAAUAGUGGGAAGCGAAAUCGAGUUAGUUGCAUGGCUUUGGCCUUACAAAUGUUCAUCAUGCUAAAAGGAGGUAUGCAGAACUUUCUACCGUCAAUUACAACGAAUCCUAUAUGCUUGACUUUAUUAUUCCCAAGGAUCUCCAGAAUCCUGGUUAGAGUCUAAUGAUUAAUUACAGCUGGUACAAAGUGGCAAAAAUAAAUGUGUACUGAAUACAUUUUCAGUUUACAUUCUAUGUUUGUUUGUUUUUUAGUGGAAAGUCAAGGAAGUACUUCUUCUUCUUCAGUAUCAUACGCAAGUGUUACUGGACAUGCAUCUUCUGCACCCCAGCUUCCGUCAGUUUCUGCAGCUGUUACAACAUCAAGCAAACCCCUAUUGUCAUCAACCCUAACAACAACCGCAGCUACGACGGGGAUUACCCCGCUGCCGUCAGUAACACUCUCAUCUUCAUCAGCGGAAAGACAAGUAACUACUUCUUACGCAAGUGUUACUGGACAUGCAUCUUCUGCACCCCAGCUUCCGUCAGUUUCUGCAGCUGUUACAUCAUCAAGCAAACCCCUAUUGUCAUCACCCCUAACAACAACCGCAGCUACGACGGGGAUUACCUCGCUGCCGUCAGUAACACUCUUAUCUUCAUCAGCGGAAAGUCAAGUAACUACUUCUUACGCAAGUGCUACUGGACAUGCAUCUUCUGCACCCCAGCUUCCGUCAGUUUCUGUAGCUGUUACAACAUCAAGCAAAUCCCUAUUGUCAUCAACCUUAACAACAACCGCAGCUACGCCGGGGAUUACCUCGCCGCCGUCAGUAACACUCUUAUCUUCAUCAGCGGAAAGUCAAGUAACUACUUCUUACGCAAGUGUUAUUGGACAUGCAUCUUCUGCAGCCCAGCUUCCGUCAGUUUCUGCAGCUGUUACAACAUCAACCAAACCUUCUUCGGUGUUUUUGCUGUCGCCGUCAAAAAGACCCCUAUUUUCAUCAACCCUAGCAACAACAACAGCUACACCGGGGAUUACCUCGUCGCCGUCAGUAACACUGUCAUCUUCAUCAAUUCCUCAAACUCCAGAAUUAACCAAAUCUUCUCCCGGAAUUUCACCUUCGUCAGUUUCAAGUGACGUCAAGCCCACGGAUUCUACGACUUCACUGACGGACACAACACCACGCCCAUCACCAACAAGCGCGCUUCUUUCUUCACCAAAUGUCUCCUCUACACCUCUGCCCCAGAAGCCACAAAAACCAAGAAUCUAUAUAAAAAUUUUUUUUUCCAUGCCAUGGGGACGAUUCUGUUACUUAACAUCUCUCUUCAAGGAAUCGCUCUCUCGCAAUCUGUUAGAAUUUGACGGAGUUACAUGGCAGUACGUGCCACUUGAAAGAAUAAGGCUGUAUAACGCGAAAGAGAAGUGCGCCAAUAAAACCCUAUACUAUAACAAAGACGCGAUACUGGAACUAUUUAUCGCUAGAAUGGGAGAGGAAAAUGAUGCUGACUGGAACAAGACUACUGAGGCCUUUGAACUUCUGUACGACUAUUGGACAAACAAAAGAAUGAUACUGCUCGAUCCAGUGUUUGAAGGCAAAGUAAGUACAUCCGAUAAAGCUUUGUGAUAGACCUAAGGUUCUCCGCAGUUGCAUUCAAUGCUUCAGUCACUGAUGGAAUUUGUUGCAUGUGCAGGUAAUUAUGUACACAUGGCCAAAAAUCGCGGACGUGGCGCCCGCGUUACGACAGCGGCGAUCUUAUACCACUCAAUAUUACCGAAACAAAAACAUGGCGAUAGUGUUCGAAGCGAAAAUUAUAUUUGAACCUAGAAAAGUUUACCACUUACCAGCAUAAUCGUCUUCGGGGCGGAAUCCAUAAGUAGAAACCAUUCGCUUAUUCCACUGUUUAAAUAUUCUGUUCACACCAGACCUUGAACAUUGUCCUUAUUUGAGAUGAUAACUCUCCUCUUGCUAUCACCUUGUAUUUUAGGCGGUAAAUUCCUUAGGCCUUAGCUGGCCGCGUUUCUGUCCGAUUGAUUAUUUAAUUCUGCCAGGUUCAUUUCCUUAAGUCAAUAUCGUAUCCCACAAACACAGUUUGCUAGCUUGGUUCUGGCGAAAAUUGAAACGAUUGACAGCGUCCAUUUGGCAAUGAAAAUUGUCCAAUUACAAGGUCAUCAUUGCCAUGGCAAAAUGACCGAAGACUUCCAACUAAAUAUCUUUACGAUAAUUAACUCAAUUCAAGUGAAAUUCGUCCCCAUUUGCUACCCUUUCUUCACCUUUUCGGUAAGAAAAUUAAUUUUGAUCAGUGGCUUUAAUAAAGAGGUAAAUACGUUGUGUUUUACAGCUCCAUUUAUCCUCCUGGGCCCAGUUGUUCGGAGGCCGAUUAGCGCUUAACCUGGGGUUAAAUUUAACCCUGCUUUCUCUUUCUUGUGCUCAAAAGCAUUUUCUUGAAUAAUUUUCUCUGAUAUUUUUAGAGCUUCCAAUCAUCAACCUGUAGACAAAAAGAAUUAAAACCUUAAACGCUUUUUAAGCUUUCAAAUCUGAAUUCAAAUCUCGCACUAACCCUGGGUUAUCUUAACCCGGCUUUGAACAACUCGGCCCUGAACUAGAGACCCACUGACCCAAAAGCCAGAAGACUCUGUGUAGGAGAUUGAGACCCACCCGGUACCAGUUAAAGGGGAUACUAUGCUGCACGAAUGUUUCCCAGUGGAAAAUAUCCACAAUUUCUGACCAUAGUACGAGGAAGUUAGGCGGCGCUCAAGAUUUCCAUUAUAAUAUCUUUCCUUUUGGUUGAGAAAAAUACUUUUGAUUGGCGGCUGUCAGUUGGUGGUAAGUACGUUGUGUUUCACAGCUCCAUUUAUCCUUCUGAUCUAGAGACCCAACCUAGUAGCAGUUAAAGGGGUAGUAUGCUGCACGAAUGUUUCCCAGCGGAAAAGGCCCGCAAUUUCUGGCCAUAGAAAGUUAGGCGCCCAAGUUUUCCAUUAUAUCGCCCCUUUUCUAACAACGUGAUUUCUUGUUCUAUUUCAAGGUUACAAAAGUGGUUCUUGUAAGAGACGAUGAAGACAAAUACAUUCCCGAGUACACAGAAGCCCAACGUAUCGGUAUCGCCAUAGGGGUCGCUCUGGCCAUUCUUGUAGUCGUCCUCAUCGUCAUAUAUUUUGUGGUAAGUUGUUAUCCCCGUUACUCAGCUAGAAUUUAUACGUUUACUUGCGAUUUCUCUGAACAACAACAAAAAAAAUUUAAUCCCGCUUUUUUUAGUAUUUGUAAAAGUGAAACGUAUAAUUGCGAAGUCUGCUUUCAGGGCCGGAAAUAUCACUAGUUUCCGCUUAAGAGUUGUACAUGUCCAUUAAAUACAGGCUUGGUUUACAGAGAAUAAGUGAGACUUAUUAAUGCUCGUGUCUCCUUAAUGCACGUCUAGAAAUCAUACUAUUCUGAAAAAGUGGCACCGUAAACGUAAAUGUAAACCUCGGACGCAGUAGCAAAUCAACGCCCACACCGUGGUUCAGGGAAAAGGGCUGAUUACUUCCCCCAGUUUUUCCUGCUUAGGUAACAUUUUGGGGAAAUUUAAGGUCUGUGAUGAGCCCUAAAAAUAUAUAUAUAUAAAUAUCAUGGGACAUGGCUUGGCUGCAUUGGUUGCGGCCGACCCUUCAGAUGCCGUCCAGUAUCGCCGCCCUCUUGGGUUUACGAAAAGUUCAAAUCUAUUUGAACAAUGUUGAAACUUGACAUUCUGUUACUUUAGGUCUGAUGAUUAUUUGUGCUAAUUGAGAGUCUGCUGCUUUUGGUACUAUUUUGUAUUUUUUUGCAUAAGAAGUGCUAUAUUCACAAAGUAUCUAUGACGUAAUAUUUCUUUGCCAUAGCAACCGACCGUCAGUUAUUUUUUCCAAAAUGUGUUUUAGCUGAGAAAUAAGUAAACAAGCAGGCAAAGACACAGAGAAAGUUCUGGAAAAACAAAACAAAACAAAACAAAAAAGUGAAUCCAAGAACAAAACUUUCAGGGCUUCAUUGGGGAAAUUGCGCCUCCCCCUCGUUUUUGUUUUUGCAAAGAACAAAAUAUAUGAUUAGGACAAGAGCCAUGGCUCUUGGAUUAGAAUGAUCAUCUUUGUAUUGGUUUUUGUUGUCGUUGUUGGUAACAGAAAAGAUACAUGACCACUCACCAAGCUCGUCCAAAACCACUUGAUGGGAAGAUGGUAAUAACCAAUGAGCAUGCUUUUGAAGAAACCACUGCAAGUGACUUGACGAAUACCGCCAGUAAACCGUUAGAAACACAAGAAGAGAUGAGCGAGGUACCAGAACAGGUGGUAGUACACAAACAGCCUUCUCCCAUCCAGACCAAAAAAUCACAAGUUGAUGUAAAAGUGGAGGAUAAAACGCCGCUUCUUUCAGAGAUUAAGGAUUAUGAAGACGGGAAAUCGGGUGGUGAAAGUAAGUCUGCCGUCGAACAGAUUUUCUUAGAAAUAUCUGUUUUUUGUGUUUGCUAGUGCUGCGCUUUUGCAAUGAAGGCGCAGCAUGGCCUAGUGCUCCCCUGCUUUUCGCUCUGGGGGCGGCAUGCCCGAGUAACCGGCGUGUCAAUCUGGUAAUCCGGAUUUCCUGGGUUUGAAUACUGCUUUGACCACUAACUGGAAAUGUUUCUCGACAGUCGCGAGUUCAACUCCUCGGUCAUGGUUGAAAAAAGCCAGCCGGUUGCCUCCUGCAAGCUGGGGUUUUAAAUCAUACAGCUAUUUCGAGAAAGGUUGUCGAAAGAAAUGUACACGCGUCAAUCCCGAAAGAUAAUAUGGGAUAUGAUCAAUACAUUGUUCUUGACGACUGUAGCUGUCGAACAUACUGUUGUUUCUUUCCUUUAGCACUCGCAAACAUAUGUCCGUGGCCCCCCGUGCCAUUUUUUCAAAUUUCUUUGAAGAACAGAGCACUCAAAACCACCCACAAUACCUUUAGGGAUUGUCGCGUGCACUUUUUCCGACAAUAGAUGAUGAUGAUGAUUAGGGAAAAUAACAUAUACAGCUAUUUCGAAAUAGCUGUAUAUGUUAUUUUCCCUAAUCAUCAUCAUCAUCAUCAUCACCAACAACAUCAACAUCAUGAUCAUCAUCAUCGUGAUUUUGCCUAUUAUUAUUAUCAUCAUCAUUAUUAUUUGUAGUAUUAUCAGUAUUUAACAAUUAUUGAAUUCGGCUUUCGUAUCAUAUGAAGAAUUAUGGAGAUCUCGGAGGGUGUUAUCCGCCUCGGCCUAUACGGCCUCGACGGAUAACACCCUCCGAGAUCUCCAUAAUUCAUCAUAUGAUACGAAAGCCGAAUUCAAUAAUUGUUUUAUUAUUCAUUUAAAAUAAUUCCUACUUUAAAAACAUGGCUAACGUGCUAACCUCCAUCGAUCCAUCGAUGUUAAGUUCAUCUUCGAUAGCGCACGUUUACGUUUGUCCAGCUCCGCAAAUAUUCUCCAAAUAGCAAAUGUCGCCCUUCGAGUUGUCUUCUUGUUGUUCUUGCCAUGUUUUUAGCUAUGUUUUCGCCUAGUUCUUACUCUUGAAACGAGUGAAAUGUCCACCAUUUUUCAAGUUCACAAUCAAAACAACUCAACCUCGUCCCCAUGUCUUCUCGGUUAACGGUGCCUUAACCUGCGAAAACGCUCCAUUUUUGACGUCAUUUCCUCGUUAAACACAAAAUUCUUCCAAAUUUGGUCAUCAGUAACUGGUUAUGGUGAAUUAAACGAGUGCUUUUAGCCAAUCAGUAUCGGGAAAAUAUUUUGAAUGAAUAAUAACAUUAUUUGAGUGGAGUGCCUUUAAUUUAUAAACUAAAUAAAAUGGCACUUUCACUAUGUAUAACACAAAGAUUUGCCAUUACCCAAACCCACUCAAGACCGAAUCCGGCAAGUUUUUGGCGCUUCAGCGGAUUCCAGAUAUACAAGAGUCAGUAGCAAUGUCGAGAUAUCAACCAGUUUCUACAAUAUAACUAGAUUUUGGAUUUGAAGAAACAGCGGCCUUCUGUUUGGUAAGCAAAAGUUCUUAAUUCUCAGCAGCCAAGUCUGAUCAAGAGGCCAGUGAGACAGAAGCAUCCUUAGAGCCCAAGCCUGAGCCCGAAGACUUUGAUGGAAGACCAAUCAAACCUCCAAGAUCUGAUUCUAUGAUAGAUGCUGAAAUCGUAAGUAUUGUAUUUAUACAUCCUUGGUUAAGGUUUGCUGUCACAGUUCUCUUAAGAAAUCUUUUGCUCGUACUUUUGCGUUGGUUUAUUUUAUAGGCUUUUCAUAAAGCCAUAAAUGCUCACUGCCCAUAGUAGCCUAAGUAGCAACCAUUUCUUACCAAACGAUUGAGCAAGAGAACUCAGAAAAGCAAAAAGCUUUCUCUCCCCUGCCCGCAAAGGAGCUGGCCUAGGACUUAUGACAUUAUGACGGUGAUGUCUUUGGUUUUCAGGUGUUGCCAGAAUCGAUCUCGCAGAUAAGUAAAGUACUAGACACGGAAGAGCAAGUUAAGAAUGAGGAAGAAGGUAUAGAACCAGGCAAGACCGCGGAAGAGAAAGCAGAACCAGGCAAGAACGAGGAAGAAGGCACAGAACCAGGCAAGACCGAGGAGGAAGGCAAAGAGGAGCGGAGGCCUUCAUUUACUUCUUCAGUGACUGUAAAUGUAAGGCGCUUGUUUGUUAUUUCAGUUGACGCGAUUUUGAACCACCAACGAAAUGUCGACACUCCACCCCCACCCCCCAAUUUCUUUGUUGUAUUAUCAAAUAAGUUCCAGACAUACAUAAAGUAACAAGUGGCUUUAACGUCCGAAUACAGUCUUUAACAAACUUCAACUAAGUAUGAGUCGGGUAUUGCAUUAAAAGGCCUUAGGCUGUGUUCUUACCAUACCAGAUAGCUUUUGCGCCGCCGCGAAAAUUAUACCGGACAGGCCUUCUGUUCAGAAACGGUUGUGGCGGCGCAAUUUCUGUUACGGAGCGAAGAUGCGCCGCACCGAUCUCUAGAGUGGAAAGGUGCAUAUCGGAUAGGUGUUCACAGUAUACCAGAUAACUUUUGCGCCGCCGCGAAAAUUAUACCGGAUAGGGCUUCUGUUCAAAAACGGUUGUGGCGGCGCAAUUUCUGUUACGGAGCGAAGAUGCGCCGCACCGAUCUCUAGAGUGGAAAGUCACAUAUCGGAUAGGUGUUCAUACUAUACCAGAUAACUUUUGCGCCGCCGCGAAAAUUAUACCGGAUAGGGCUUCUGUUCAAAAACGGUUGUGGCGGCGCGAUUUCCGUUCGGAGCGAAGAUGCGCCGCACCGAUCUCUAGAGUGGAAAGGCGCAUAUCGGAUAGGUCUUCAUACUGUACCACAUAACUUUUGCGCCGCCGCGAAAAUUAUACCGGAAAGGCCUUCUGUUCAAAAACGGUUGUGGCGGCGCAAUUUCUGUUACGGAGCGAAGAUGCGCCGCACCGAUCUCUAGAGUGGAAAGUCACAUAUCGGAUAGGUGUUCAUACUAUACCAGAUAACUUUUGCGCCGCCGCGAAAAUUAUACCGGAUAGGGCUUCUGUUCAAAAACGGUUGUGGCGGCGCUGUUUCUGUGAUGGAGCGAAGAUGCGCCGCUCCGAUCUCUAGAGUGGAAAGUCACAUAUCGGAUAGGUGUUCAUACUAUCCUAGAUAGCUUUCGUAUCGUUACGAAAAGCUAUCCGGAUUUCUUGUCAGUGGAACUUGGCUUUCCGAUUCUAAUCGUUAGCGGGAUUCUGGAUUCCGAUUGUUGAGUCAAGAUUCCAAACCCAGGAUUACGGAUUCAACACGAAAAAAUUCCCGGAUUCUGGAUUCCAAAGGCAAAAGUUUCUUUGAAUCUUUGAAACAAUUGACAGGAGGUAAUGUUUUUUGGCCUUAACGUUUUAAUCAUCCCUUUCCUUAGAUCAGACCAGAAGCAACUACGACUUCUAAGGAAUUUGAUUACCCAGCGAAAGAGCAACCACCAGACACACAAACAGACAAUAAUAACCAGGCUCCCACUGGUGAUGACGACGUCAGCGAAGACGAGAAGGUAAAGCCCGAUUUUGGCCAAUCAGACAGUGGCGAUGCUGACCCCAACGAAGGUGCCAUAAACCUGGGUUUUGACGAUGAUGAGGCACAAAAGGAAGAAAAAAAGAAAGAGGAGGUUUGGAACCAUUUAUUUAUUUUGACCCUUAAGGUAGAUUGUUGUGGCAUCUCUGAUACCGUUAUUUGCUGUGUUUUAUGGUUGGCUUUUUAGGCAAAAGCUGCCCCUUACAACACAGUAAGUGUAGUCGAGUCGUUUGCGGUAGGCUAAAACUAUAGUUAGAUCUGUUAAUUCUCGCAUUUUCUCGCCAGUAUUUUCUGUGCUUAUUUUUAGGCGCAAACUCAUUCGGGCAAACCAGCCUUAUAGGCCAGGAGGAGUCACAAUGCUUUAAAUCAAUUCCAGUUAUUAUUCAUUCAAAAUAUUUCACCCUUUCUGAUUGGCUUAAAACCUCUGGCAAAUUCUUCAUAACCAACCGGCGUUGACCAAAUUUGGGAAAUUCAAUGAAUGUACCAUCGAUUCGAUGAAAUAUUGACUAGGAAACGAGGUUGAUUGAUGCUAUAUUUGCCUGGAAAUGAGGCUGCAUCGGCCGCUUAGCUAUAGUGAACUAAAUAAAUGGCGUUCACGACUAUCCAAAGGCAAAACUGAAGCAGAAUUUCCGGCCAAAAGUGAACGGAGGAAAUGGAAGAAUACGCAAAACAUUUGCUCGAUGGAUGUUAUCUACUUUUUGAGGAAUAUCUGCAAAAAAAAAAAACAUCUGUUUAUAUCCUGAAACAGUGUUGAGAUUAGGCCAAAGUUUAGGAGAAAGUCUACGAUGAGGUAAGGUUGUUAAGAACUAAGAAUAUUUUGAAUGAAUAAUAAAACAAUUAUUGAAUUCGCCUAUCGUAUGAUGGGAAAAAGUAUGUACAUUUCGGAGGAUUUUAUCCACCUCGGCCUUCAGCAUAAUUCUUCACAUCCUACUCAGCCUCAUUCAAUUAUUGCUAACUAUACAUGCAGUGUAAUUUUGAAAAGUAUAGGUAAAAAAUUUACAGCUGACCGCAUUUCUGUAGCCUUAGAGACGGGCUCCCGAAGCCGGCCCUUUUUGGAAAGUUUAUCCUAUGUAUGUCUUCUCAGAAAAGCGAGAUUUAAUUACGAAAACAUAUGUAUGGUUGUGAAUGCCGGGCAAGGAAAUAUAUUUAUUGAAGCUGAGUUCCCAUAUCUUAUCCAUUUGUUUGACUGCUUUUUUUUCUCUGUCUAAUUUUCAGGAGACCAAAUUUUAAGCCUGUAUCUCAAACUUAAUGGAGAUGGAAAUAAGCCCUUUGGUAACAUCAAGAGACCAGAAAAGGUGUCUUGGUAGUAUCUAAAGAUAUUAGUUGCACAAGCCAGCUUUUUAUACAGAUAGUUUCAAAAUUUGAAGUCAUAAAUGAUAGUAAAUAUUGUAUCAGGCAAACCUCUCCCUAAUUCGUCGGCCCGCCUGCUAAAAUUUAGUUAUGCUGCGUCUCCAAAUACUGAUAAUAAUAAUAGUAAUAACA